CGGAGCCGCCUGGAGCGCUCGCGGAGCGGCCGCUCAGUGCGUCCCGCGCCCCGCACGCCCGCAGCCCGGCGGGGCCCGCAGCGAGAUGGGCGCGGCGGCCGUGCGCUGGCACUUGUGCGUGCUGCUCGCCCUGGGCGCGCGCGGGCGGCUGGCUGGGGGCAGCGGGCUCCCAGGAGCUGUGGACGUGGACGAGUGCUCAGAGGGCACGGAUGACUGCCACAUCGACGCCAUCUGCCAGAACACGCCAAAGUCUUACAAAUGCCUCUGCAAACCUGGCUACAAGGGGGAAGGGAGACAGUGUGAAGACAUUGAUGAGUGUGAGAAUGACUAUUACAACGGGGGCUGUGUCCACGACUGCAUCAACAUCCCGGGGAACUACAGGUGCACCUGCUUUGAUGGCUUCAUGCUGGCACAUGAUGGACACAACUGCCUGGAUGUGGACGAGUGUCAAGACAACAAUGGCGGCUGCCAGCAGAUCUGCGUCAACGCCAUGGGCAGCUAUGAGUGUCAGUGCCACAAUGGCUUCUUCCUCAGUGACAACCAACACACCUGUAUCCACCGCUCCGAUGAGGGUAUGAACUGCAUGAACAAGGACCAUGGCUGUGCCCACAUCUGCCGGGAGACGCCCAAAGGUGGGGUAGCCUGUGACUGCAGGCCCGGCUUUGACCUUGCCCAAAACCAGAAGGACUGCACACUAACCUGUAACUAUGGAAACGGAGGCUGCCAGCACAGCUGUGAGGACACAGACACGGGUCCUAUGUGUGGCUGUCACCAGAAGUACGCCCUCCACGCUGAUGGACGGACAUGCAUUGAGAAGGAUGAGGCUGCAAUUGAGCGCUCUCAGUUCAAUGCCACGUCAGUAGCUGAUGUGGACAAGCGGGUGAAACGGCGGCUUCUCAUGGAGACGUGUGCAGUGAACAACGGAGGCUGUGACCGGACAUGCAAGGACACUGCCACUGGCGUAAGAUGCAGCUGCCCAGUUGGAUUCACACUGCAGUCGGAUGGAAAGACGUGUAAAGACAUCAACGAGUGCUUGAUGAACAACGGAGGCUGUGACCACUUCUGUCGGAACACAGUGGGUAGUUUUGAGUGUGGCUGCCGCAAAGGCCACAAACUGCUGACGGAUGAGCGGACCUGCCAAGACAUCGAUGAGUGCUCCUUCGAGCGGACCUGUGACCACAUCUGCAUCAAUUCCCCGGGUGGCUUCCAGUGCUUGUGUCACCGCGGCUACACACUCUACGGGACAACCCACUGCGGAGACGUGGAUGAGUGCAGCAUCAACAACGGCAGCUGCGAGCGAGGUUGUAUCAACACCAAGGGCAGCUAUGAGUGCAUCUGCCCACCAGGGAGGCAGCUGCACUGGAACCGGAAGGACUGCGUGGAGAUGAACAGGUGUCUUUCUCGGGCUCAGGCCUCUGCCCAGGCCCAGCUGUCCUGCAGCAAGGUGGGUGGAGUGGAGAGCUGCUUCCUGUCCUGCCUGGGUCACAGUCUCUUCAUGCCAGACUCAGAAAACAGCUACGUCCUGAGCUGUGGCGUUCCAGGUCUUCAGAGCAAGACAUUACCAAAACGCAAUGGCACCAGCUCCAGUACAGGACCCAGCUGCUCAGAUGCCCCCACCGCCCCCAUCAGACAGAAGGCCCGCUUCAAGAUCAGAGACGCCAAGUGCCACCUCCGGCCGCACAGCCGGGAACGAGUGAAGGAGAUGCCGAGGCAGCCACUGCUGGAUAACUGCCUCGUGACUUUCGUGACCCUGAAGUGUGACUCCUCCAAGAAGAGGCGCAGAGGCCGCAAGUCCCCAUCCAAGGAGGUGUCCCACAUCACGGCAGAAUUUGAGGUGGAGAUGAAGAUGGAUGAGGCCUCAGACACUUGCGAAGUGGACUGCAUGCGGAAGCGUGCCGAGCAGAGCUUGCAGGCCGCGGUCAAGACGCUGCGGAAGUCCAUCAGCAGACACCUGUUCUACGUUCAGGUCUCGGGCACUGAGUAUGAGGUGGCCCAGAGGCCAGCCAAGGCCCUGGAAGGGCCAGAGACAUGUGGCACAGGCCAAGUACUACAGGACAGCAAAUGUGUGCCCUGUGCGCCUGGCACCUACUUCAGCAACGAGCCAGGCCAGUGUGUGCCGUGCACAUCAGGAACCUACCAGGACAUGGAGGGCCAGCUCAGCUGCACGCCGUGCCCCAGCAGUGAAGGGCUGGGUCUGGCUGGUGCCCGCAACGUAUCUGAAUGUGGAGGCCAGUGCUCUCCCGGCUUCUUCUCAGCUGAUGGUUUCAAGCCUUGCCAGGCCUGCCCCGUGGGCACCUACCAGCCUGAGCCUGGACGCACUGGCUGCUUUCCCUGUGGAGGGGAACUGCUCACCAAGCACCCGGGUACCACCUCUUUCCAGGACUGUGAGACCAAAGUGCACUGCUCUCCCGGCCACCACUACAACACCACCACCCACCGGUGCAUCCGCUGUCCCGUGGGCACCUACCAGCCCGAGUUUGGCCAGAACCAUUGUAUCACCUGCCCAGGGAACACCAGUACUGACUUUGAUGGGUCCACCAACGUCACGCACUGCAAAAACCAGCACUGCGGCGGCGAGCUCGGUGACUACACAGGUUACAUUGAGUCCCCCAACUACCCUGGAGACUACCCGGCCAAUGCGGAGUGCGUGUGGCACAUCGCACCUCCACCGAAGCGCAGGAUCCUCAUCGUGGUCCCUGAGAUUUUCCUGCCCAUUGAGGACGAGUGUGGUGAUGUCCUGGUCAUGAGGAAGAGCGCCUCACCCACGUCUGUCACCACCUAUGAGACAUGCCAGACCUACGAGAGGCCCAUUGCCUUUACCUCCCGUUCCCGCAAGCUCUGGAUCCAGUUUAAAUCCAAUGAAGGCAACAGCGGCAAAGGGUUCCAAGUGCCCUACGUCACCUAUGAUGAGGAUUACCAGCAGCUGAUAGAAGACAUCGUGCGCGAUGGGCGCCUGUACGCCUCAGAGAACCACCAGGAGAUUUUGAAAGACAAGAAGCUGAUCAAGGCCCUCUUUGACGUGUUGGCACACCCACAGAAUUACUUCAAGUACACAGCCCAGGAAUCCAAGGAGAUGUUCCCUAGGUCCUUCAUCAAACUGCUACGCUCCAAAGUGUCCCGAUUCCUGAGACCCUAUAAAUAACCCUCCAGCUGUCCUGCUUGGGGAUGGUGGGAACCGAGAGGGAGGGGCGCGUGCCUUCCCUCCACGGCAGGAGAUGAAAGGAGGCCCCAUGGGUUUCCAUGCUGCCUUGGGAAACCCACAACAUGUGCCCUCCAGCAAAGCCAUCCAGCCUGCACCACCCGAGGAGGACCAAGAGUACUCCCUCUGCCACUUGGGCAGGGAGACACUGCUUUAGAAAGCCUUUGCCUGCCCUUUGCUGCUGUCUCCAAGGAUACCAAGAGUACUCCCUCCUGAGACACCCCAGUGGGCUUCCAUGGGCCAGGACACACUGCCCCCACCACAUAGGAGCAAGGAUUAUAUAUGCCCUUGACCUGACGUGUCAGGAGACAGGAGUGUGGCCAACAUCCCCUGCAGGCUCUGGGAAGCUUGGGCCAUUGUUACCCACACAGGAAACCAGGCCAGGGAAGGAGGGUACGUGGAGGAGCCAUUUGGGGGGAGCUGAUAAGCCUGGGCCAGUGUCUGUGGAGAUGCCACACCCUGCCAAUUCCUCCAGCCAUAGGCACAGGACUACACCCAGCCAUGGGGCUCUGAGGACUCUGUGAGAGACAAAACAGAGCUUCGAAGGGAGGAAUCCACAGGCUUGUGCUUUGCCUUCGUAGAACAUCUAAUGAAGUUUUAUAUAUAUAUAUAAAUAUUAAAUAUAUAUACUUCUAUGUGUGGGCAGGUACAUUAGGAAGGUUCUCUUCAGCAACUGUAAAUAUUAUCCGCUGUUACCAGUCUCCCCGCUGUGAUUAAACUGCUCCUCCUGAGCCUGCCUGCCUCUGUGUGGGGGAGGCCAAGUGCCCAUGAGCCUGGGGAGAACGCAGGACAUGCUUGGACAUGCUGUUGAGUGUGACUUCUUAGAGACUGAGCUCAGGUGCUAUGUUGGAGCAUUGGCCCAGUCCCCUCACAAGCACCAUGACAAGCAGCUUCCCCUGAGACCCCAUCCUUGGGGUACUGACACUCAGCUAGGCCUGCAUGCUACCAGAAAACAAGGCCUUCCUCAGAAGAGUGUAGGCUGUGCUCAGAGAGGGGGCCCACACUUACCAAUGCACGAGGGAGGAAAAGCAAGACCCAAGGAGAGGAGGCCCCAAGGCAGGGGCUGUCAGGAGCCUCUCUCCUGCUUCUCAGGGCCACUGUCACCCAUACAGGAAGCCAGGUCACAGAAAGAAAGUACAUGGAGGAGCCAUGAUGGGGGGGGUUGCUAAGCCUGUGCCAGUGUCUGUGGCAAUGCCACACCCUGCCAACCCCUAGCCAUGGGCACUGGAUACUGGGCACUGCCUCUCUUAAAGAGAGAAACCCCUGUGUGGCCAAGCUGCAUGGCACCCCCCAGCUGGGGGGCCAUUCCCUUGGACAGAGGACUCACCUGCGCCUCAGACUGUCAGUCUUAGAGCACACAUAGAAAAAUGGUCUAUAUUUUUCAGAUUACGGAUAUUAGAACUUCUGAGGAACAUGGGGGAAUCUUAAAAAUGAACACCGAGGUUUCCAGGUCCCCACACCUGCCUAGUGAACUGUUUGAGAAAACACCCAUGGCACGUUGAAGACUGUGAUGUGUGAGGCAGGUGAGCCAGGCCUGGAGAACCAGUUUGGCGACAGGGCACAGUGCAUCCUGCAGUCCAGAAACAGGCUUGAAACUCAAGGACAAGCCACUGCCAUCACACGGGUCCACAAAGCACAAGGAAUCCCCAGCAGCCAGCAGCCUCUUUUGGAGGGUGUCAGACGGAGUUUCAACACUUGGGGAAUAAGCCCUGCCAGGGGCUUAUUGCCUUUCUACAGACCAGCCAGUUUCCAGAAAGAGAUUCCUUUCUCCUUCCGUUGGACCAUUGAUCAUCGCCAGAAAGAAAGAUCAGCAUCCUCCAGAACAAACCCAGCAACAGCCACCCUGAGGAGACAUUAGUUCUCCAGGUAAAUGAAGCCCACUGGAUGCAUAUGGCGACAUAUCAGAAGGAAUUAUGGGACUUGGCUCCCAGAAUUAUGGUGUCCCAGAAGUUCUGCAAGGUGCCAUCUGCAAACCAGAGGAUCUAGGUACUGGCAUAACCCAAAGUCAGAAGGCCUCAACUGAGUUGGUUAGAAGUCAGAGGUCCCACCAACUGCCUGACCUUCAUCCCAGCACUGCAGGAUGCCAAACCUUAUGGAUGAAGACAGGGCUUUUCUCAGGCUCCUAGUUCAUAUGCUAAUCUCUUCCAGAACUGCUCCACCCUCAGACACAUCC